AUGUAUCGAUUUCGAAUUGCUUAUAUGACGAUGGUACUUUUGGUUAUCAUCAUUACUAAUUAUGCCUUGUUUAGUCCAAAUUGGCGAAAUCUUGCAUUAUCUGAUAGUUAUGAUUCGUUAGACUUCAAUGGAAACACAACGAUGAGCAAUGAUACGAUACUUAUUACGCGGAUUUCAAAUGAAUCGAAAUUAUUCAUACCCCGACAAAUGGGUAUCUUAAGAAAUCGUUGUUCAUACGAUGAUGUGAAUGAUCAGUUUAUGGAUUAUAUGGCAUUGUUUGAUGAAAAUGAUAUGAUUUCCGGCAAUAUUUAUAACACAUUUGAGCAACGGAAUAAUUCAGAUCAUUUCUGUUUUUUGUGGUCUUCAGAGAAACCAAUAUCGGAUACUAUUGUUAUGGUCUUACUUAUCGCUACAAGCCUCCUUGACUUUGUAGCUUUAAUAAUGCCGUUGAUUGACUACGAUGUUCAACAAAUGUGCAAAAUGUCAUCUGUCACCAUUUUAUUCCAAUUUAAUCUUAUUCCAACAAUUUCUUUGACCACUGCUGUUAUUUUAUAUGCUUAUUCCAAUAAACAAGCUGUCGGUUAG